GAUGUUGAUAUUGAAAGGAAGAGGGUCUAUAAUGAUUCGUCACUAAAUAUCAUAAGUGGGAUCAGUAUGGCAGAUGAAGAGAUUAUUAAAAAUAUCAAGGAUAGGAUGACACCAUCAUGUUCAGAU